AUGACUGACAAUAAACAUAUAUUAGCAAACUCUGCCAAAUGCCCUUUCAGCCCUAUGUCUGCGAAUGGCUGCUCCUCACCAUCGACACAAUCUGCUGAUGGCGCUGAACUCCUUUGGAGUCCACAAAUCAAUUCAGUCGAAUUGCGAAAUUACCAAACAAAUCAGACGACUCAAGUCACUGGGCCGUUUUCAAAAAUAUACGGUGAUUGUCGUCAUCAUGUUUGUACAUCAACAUUUAUGGCACUUCCGGCACACAAUCAACAAAAGCAAUCGGCAUCAAAGAUGAUGAUCGAUGAAAUCGAACUCAAAUCACCCGAUUACAUUCGAAAAGAAGCAUAUGAUUACAUGGCCAUCUUUCACAAUGAAAAUAAAACAUCUGAUGCUGAUUAUGAAAGACGAUUACAGCAAAUCGAUUUGGAACUUACAGAAACUGGCACAUAUAAACAAACAAAAGAAGAGCUAGAAUAUGGCUGUCAAUUGUCAUGGAGAAAUGCAGGGCGGUGCAUCAAUCGAUUAUUUUGGCGUUCACUUAUCAUCAUUGACUGUCGUCAUGUGAAAACAAAUGAUGAAAUGUUCAAGGAAAUCUGUGAUCACAUCCGUUUUGCAUACAAUGGAGGAACAUUACAAGCAUCAUCACUCGUCAUGAANCGAUUCACCUCGUUUGCACCAAACAAUUUGAUUUGUAUUUCUUAG